AUUGCGGCAGUCAAAGCGUGAGGUUCUUGAGCGUGUGAACAAGUUUGUGCGCCUCUCCUGUCCAUGUAAGAGCCCAUAUCUCCCCCUCUUUUGGUCCAAAAGUGCCCCCGGAGGUGUCUCAGUGUACUUCCCAGUGCGCAGCGCCCGCGGCCGUUGGCAGAGUGUGCAGAAAUUCGCGCGCGCCGACCUGUUGAUACGUCUCGCCAUUGUGGGCGUCCAUUGGGCGCUUCCUGAGCGGGCCGCAGGACAAAUGGGGGCCCGAGAGUGCCCAAUUGUGAUCGGAUUAGUGCUGUGCUGUGCCGCCAAUUGACGCCCGCCGCCGCGGAACUGUGCCAGUGGCGUAGACUUGGGGCGGCUGUGAUGGAGCAGCGCGAACAAAGGCGUUCAUGAGUCAUCGCGCGACGUGAGAGUGAAUUUGGCAACGCGAUGGGCAUUUCAGCGUCCCGGACGGCCGAGCCCGAGGCCACCACCAUCCAGCGGGACGAGAUCAGCUACAUGAAGCACCACCACAACAGCCACCACAUCCGACAGCCCAGCGUCCGGCGCAGCUGCCAGCCGAUGCCGGAUCGCAACGAGCUGGAGAGGAGAUUCACCAAAGUUCUGGCAUCAAUGGAUUUACCACCGGACAAGGCGAAAUUGCUGAAGAAUUAUGACGAUGAGAAGAAAUGGGACAUAAUAUGUGAUCAGGAAAUGGUUCACGCGAAAGAUCCACCGUCGCACUAUUUGACAAAAUUGAGGACAUAUUUGGAUCCAAAGGCCUCACGGAGUCAUCGAAAGCGGAAGAUCGUGGGUGAGUCAACGUCGACGCAAGUGCUGCGGGACUUGGAGAUAUCCUUGCGGACGAAUCACAUUGAGUGGGUGAAGGAGUUUCUGGAUGAGGAGAAUCAGGGCCUGGACGCGCUGAUUGACUAUCUCAGCUUCAGGCUGUCGAUGAUGCGCCACGAGCAGAGGAUCCAAGAGGCGCGCAUUGAGAGUGAGGAGCGACUGGACGCAACGGUGAACCUCUCGUCGUCCAAUGCGACGGGGAGCAAUGAACUGUCGUCGCCCACAUGUGUGCGCCCGAAUGGCAUCAGGCCGGGCCUGGGUGAGCUGAUAGACAGUCCCAGUGUGAAGAGGCGCUCCAGGCACAUCGCGAAGCUGAACAUGGGCGCCUCGACGGACGACAUUCACGUGUGCAUCAUGUGCUUGAGGGCGAUCAUGAACAACAAGUAUGGCUUCAAUAUGGUGAUUCAGCACCGCGAGGCGAUCAACUGCAUCGCCCUGAGUCUCAUCCACAAGUCGCUGCGCACGAAGGCGCUGGUGCUGGAGCUGCUGGCGGCGAUUUGCUUAGUCAAGGGUGGUCACGAGAUUAUCUUGUCGGCUUUCAACAAUUUCAAAGAGAUCUGCCAUGAGACGAAGCGCUUCCAGACGCUGAUGGAGUACUUCAUCAACUAUGAGUUGUUCAACAUCGACUUCAUGGUUGCGUGCAUGCAAUUUGUAAAUAUUGUUGUACAUUCGGUGGAGGACAUGAACUACCGCGUGCACCUGCAGUAUGAAUUCACUGCUCUGGGCCUGGAUGGGUAUCUGGAGAAGCUGCGUCUCACGGAGUCUGAGGAGCUGCAUGUGCAGAUCUCGGCGUAUCUGGACAAUGUGUUCGACGUGGCGGCGCUGAUGGAGGACAGCGAGACGAAGACGGCGGCGCUGGAGCGCGUGCAGGAGCUGGAGGAUGAUCUGGGCAGGGCGAUGGAUCGUGUGGCGGAGACGGAGAGGGAGUUCAUGUACAAACUGGCGGAGCUGGAGUCGGAGCUGACGAGGGUGCGCAGUGAGUGCGAUGAGAUGCAGCAGAAGGCGCGCCAGACGGACGAGGAGGUGUCGACGCUGCGGAAGGUGCUGAAGCAGCGCGAGGAGGAGUCGCUGAUCAUUCAGAAGAUGGCACAGCAGACGCCACAGGAAGUCGCCCAAGCGCCGCCAAUUCCACCACCGCCGCCCAGCACUGCUCUCGCUCCGCCACCCCCGCCAAUUGCUCCGCCCUGUCCGCCACCACCGCCGAAUAGCGCUCGCAAUGUCAGCCGGGCGUCACCCUUCAUUCCCAUCCCGCCGCCGCCGAUUGCCGGUCAGAUGCAAGCGCCGGACGGCGCAAUGACCAUCAAGCGGAAGGUGCAGACGAAGUACAAGCUACCGACGCUCAAUUGGGUGGCGCUGAAACCAAAUCAGGUGAGAGGGACCAUUUUCAAUGACUUGGACGACGAGCGACUGUACAAGCAGAUCAACUUCGUGGAGUUUGAGGAGAGGUUCAAGAUUGGCCACGGCGGAGGCUUUGCCAAUGGCAAUUCUGAGCUCGAUGGCCUCACGUCGUUCCCCAGCAAGCGAUUCAAGAAGCCGGAGAAUGUGUCCGUUCUGGAGCACACGCGCCUGAGAAAUAUCGCAAUUUCACGGCGAAAGCUCGAGAUGCCCGCUGAAAUGGUGAUCCGGGCGAUAAACAAUCUGGAUCUGAAGCAACUGUCGCUGGAGAAUGUGGAGAUUCUGCAGAAGAUGGUGCCGACGGAGCAGGAGGUGAAGGCGUACAAGGAGUACAUGAGUGAGCGCAAGGAUCUGAAUUUGCUCACGGAUGAGGACAAGUUCAUGAUGCAAUUGGCCAAAGUGGAGAGAAUAUCGUCGAAAUUGUCCAUCAUGAACUACAUUGGCAACUUCUUUGACAGCAUUCACUUGAUCAGUCCGCAAAUCUAUGCGAUCAUCAAUGGUUCGAGUUCGGUGAAGAGCUCGAAGAAGCUGAAGGCGGUUCUGGAGAUCAUUCUGGCCUUUGGCAAUUACAUGAACAGCAGCAAGCGCGGUCCGGCGUACGGAUUCAAGCUGCAGAGUCUCGACACGCUGCUGGACACGAAGUCGACGGACAAGCGGACGUGUUUGCUGCACUUCAUCGUGGCCACGAUGAGACAGUCGUUUCCGGAUCUGCUGAGCUUCGACGCGGAGCUGUUCUGCAUCGACAAGGCGGCGCAGGUGUCGCUGGAGAAUGUGGUGACGGACGUGCACGAGCUGGAGAAGGGCAUGGAGGCGGUGAGGAAGGAGGCGGAGCUGCGCGGAAAGGGUCCGCACAAUCACGUGCUCAGGGACUUCCUCAACAACUCGGAGGAGAAGCUGAAGAAGAUCAAGAUCGACUCGAAGAGCGCCCAGGAGAGCUUCAAGGAGUGCGUGGAGUUCUUCGGCGAGUCAUCGCGGAGUACAGACGCCAAUACAUUCUUCUCGUUGCUCGUGCGCUUUGUCAGAGCAUUCAAGACGGCAGAUCAGGAGAACGAGCAACGCCGGCGACUGGAGCAGGCGGCCGCGCUGGCGGCCACGAAGAGGGAGAACGAGGAAGUUGUGCUGCGCAACAAGAUCAACAAUCAGAAGAAGCAACAGGUACGACCCGAAAUACGCCUUUCACUCUCUCGAACUGAACAGGAGGCGGUAAUUAAUGAGUUGAAGAGUAAGACAAAUGCCGUGCGCGAGAAGAAGCUGCUGCAGCAGGACGAGGUGUACAAUGGCGCGCUGGAGGACAUCCUGCUGGGCCUCAAGAGCGAGCCGUACCGGCGCGCGGACGCCGUGCGGCGCAGCCAGCGGCGCCGCAUCGACAGCCACCGUCUGUCGCGCACCAUGGAGGAGAUGGACCUGUGAUCCAACGAACGCGGGGCCUUUUUGGGGGGGGGGGUGACAAAAAGACAAAGUGAGAAAACCUCUUUGAUAUUUCCCUCUUGUGUGUAUUUUUUAUAUUAAACAAUCUACAUAAUAUAUUUAUUAUAUAAAUUUUUAUACGCAAUUUACAACAGAAAAGAGAGAAAGAAAGAAACGGAAUCAUGCAAAAGCGCACCUAUUGAACCAUGACAAGAAGUGUUUUUGACUUUUACACACACACACAAACACACAAUAUAUUUACUGUUUAGCGAUAAGGCAGAAAACAUGUAAUUACAUCGCUUUACGUAGGUUUUUAUUUUCUUCUUCUUCAUAGUUCAUAAGAUCUGGGCAUAGUUUUAACAUUUGGGUAUAAAAGCAGUGAGAAAGCGCGGGGAAGUUAGCGAAGAAAAAAACAAUGAUUGUGAUAAAGAUGAGCUAAAAAGAAGGACAGUAAAUAUGAAAGGGAAACUCAGCAUUCGCAUAAUUUUACACACUUUACUCGCCCUGAAUUUCUCACGAGCAGCGCAAUUUUGAUCGCAGAAGAGGAGGAGAAGAAGAAGUGGGGAAAAGAAUAGAAUAGACUGGUGCUUUAUAAGAUGACAUAUUGCAGUGAAUAAAAUAUUGCUGGAAUAUCGAUCAAAUGGCGUG